CCCCCCCUCCCCCUUCCCUCGGUUCGAUCGAGAUCCCAAAUCGUCGCUCCGUGUCCCUUCCCAUUCGAUCUCUCUCUCUCUCUCUCUCUCUCGCUCGCUCGCUCUCGUUCCUCCUCCUUCGAUCCGGCGGUUGCGCCGCACAUUGCCGCGGCCCGUGGCAAGAUGUCGCACGGCGACACCAUCCCCCUCCACUCCUCCGCCCAGUCCGACAUCGACGAGAUUGAGAACCUCAUCAACGCCGGCUCUCACCCGGUCACCGUCCUCCCCGCCCGGCCCCCCAGCCCUCCCCGCGCCUCCAUCCCUGUCUCCUUCGUUCCCUCCGCCGCUCCCCCGCCCCUGCCCUCCUACCAGAAGGUGCCGUCCUCCACCGCCCCAACCCCUCCUCCGCUCCCGAUCACUCCCACCGCCGCUGGCUCCCGCCUGGGCGUUGGCAUCGCCGCCGAUGGCUUCGGGUCGCCGCCCGACACCCUCACGGAGCCCGUGUUGGACACGGUGAAGCGGGAUCUGUCGCGGAUCGUGAGCAAUCUGAAGCUGGUGGUGUUCCCUAACCCGUUCAGAGAGGAUCCCGGGAAGGCGCUGAGGGAUUGGGAUCUAUGGGGGCCGUUCUUCUUCAUCAUCUUCCUGGGGCUCGUCCUGUCAUGGUCGGCAUCCGUGAAGAAGUCUGAAGUCUUUGCUGUUGCAUUUGCUGUCCUUGCUGCUGGUGCUGUAAUUCUGACUUUGAAUGUUUUGCUCCUGGGUGGUCACAUCAUCUUCUUCCAAAGUCUCAGUCUUCUUGGCUACUGCCUCUUUCCUUUGGAUAUUGGAGCCUUGAUCUGCAUGCUGAAAGAUAAUGUUGUAAUCAAGAUAGUUGUGGUCUCAAUAACAUUGGCAUGGAGCUCCUGGGCAGCAUAUCCAUUUAUGAGCGCAGCCGUUAAUCCACGAAGGAAAGCUUUGGCCCUGUACCCUGUUUUCCUCAUGUAUAUAUCUGUCGGCUUUUUGAUCAUCGCAAUAGAUUAAUGAGUCAACCGAAAACGUCUUUGUUGACUAUAUAGUUUGUCUGUUUUCAAGUGCCCUUUUAUCAGACCAGCAAGAGAUAUUGUUCAUUUCUUGAAGACUAAUAUCUUCUUUUUCUAAUGUCA